GCGGUGGCGUGUCUUUCCUGCCGGUAAGGGCCCUUUGCGAGGGAGCCUGAGCGAGCAGUAGCUGGAGCAGCGACCAUCUCCUUGCAGCAUCGUCCCACUCAGGAGCAGAGCUCUAGGGCACCGCGGGGAUUUCUAAGCAUUCUAACCUGCCCAAAAUGUUCAUAGUGGAAUAAUGGAAGCCCCUGAAUAUCUUGAUUUGGAUGAAAUCGAUUUUAGUGAUGAGAUAUCGUACUCUGUAACAUCACUCAAGACCAUCCCAGAACUGUGCCGGAGAUGUGAUUCACAGAAUGAAGACAGAUCAGUUUCUAGUUCUACCUGGAACUGCGGCGUCUCAACUCUUAUUACAAAUGCACAAAAGCCAACUGGGAUCGCAGAUGUCUAUAGUAAGUUUCGCCCUGUGAAGAGGGUUUCCCCCUUGAAACACCACCCGGAGACCCUUGAGAACAAUGAGAGUGAUGACCAAAAGAAUGAGAAGGUGGAGUACCAGAAGGGAGGAGCUUUUGAUCAGCCACCUCCAACGGAACAGCUCUGCCCUGGAGAUGGAGAAGCCCUUAAAAGUAAGAGCAUUGAGCCCAGUGUCUUAUUGGGAGAGCUGGAGCAUUAUGAUCUGGACAUGGAUGAGAUUCUGGAUGUGCCUUACAUUAAGUCAAGCCAACAGCUUGCUUCUUUUACCAAGGCAGCUACAGAAAAGAGGAUUGUGGGUAUCUGUUCCACAGUGAAUGGCCUUUCUGGCAAGAGCAACUCCACGGGCAAUGCGGAGAACUUGACAACCAGCAUGACACCCUUUUGCGUCUUGUCCCCAGUAAAAAGCUCUCACUUGAGAAAAGCUCCAUCUCUUGUCCUUGAUCAGCACAAGCAUUCUUCUGAAGACCCAGAGCUUUCUCCAGCUCUGCUUCCAUGCAAUUCAGUCCAUGAACCUGAACCCCCGAGCAAGGGAUUCCUUAACAAAGCCUUUGCUGACCCCAAUAUGCUAAAAGUUGAAAACAUCCUGCCCAACAGCGGCCAGCUCAGGACUUUACACCUGCAGUCCUCAGCCACAGAACCCAAACUGGAUGAGCAGAAGAGCCAUGUGAGCUGGAAUCCAGGAGUCCCAGAAGAAAGGAGUGAGGAUGUGAAAAAGAUCAAAAGCAUUCUGAAUAUUGUUAAAGAAGGGCAGAUAUCACUCUUGCCGCACCUGGCUGCAGACAACCUGGACCAAAUCCAUGACGAGCGCGGGAACAACCUGCUGCACGUCGCAGCCUCCCAGGGCCACGCCGAGUGUCUGCAGCACCUGACGUCCUUGAUGGGAGAAGACUGCCUGAAUGAGAGGAACGAGGACAAGCUCACGCCGGCCGGCCUCGCCAUAAAGAAUGGUCAGCUGGAGUGUGUACGAUGGAUGGUGAGCGAAACGGAAGCUAUUGCAGAAUUAAGUUGUUCAAAGGAUUUCCCAAGCCUUAUCCACUAUGCAGGCUGCUAUGGUCAGGAAAAGAUCCUUCUGUGGCUUCUUCAGUUCAUGCAAGAGCAGGGGAUUUCUUUGGAUGAAGUGGACCAAGAUGGUAACAGUGCGGUGCAUGUCACGUCUCAGCAUGGCUACCUGGGAUGCAUACAGACUUUGGUUGAAUAUGGAGCAAAUGUCACCAUGCAGAAUCAUGCAGGAGAGAAACCCUCCCAGAGUGCUGAGCGGCAUGGCCAUACGAUGUGUUCCCGCUACCUAGUGGUGGUGGAGACUUGUAUGUCUCUGGCAUCUCAGGUUGUGAAGUUAACCAAGCAACUGAAGGAGCAGACCAUGGAACGCGUCACCUUGCAGAACCAACUCCAGCAGCUGUUGGAAGCCCAGAGGUCCGAGGGAAAGGCCCUCCUUUCUUCCCCCAGUUCUCCGUCUUCUCCCGCUUCUGGUAAAUCACUGUGGAACUCGGCUGAUGCGGAUGAACUGUGUCCAGCAAAGAGUAAGCCCGGCGCCCAAGAUGGCAUUCAGGUGCUCGGGAGCCUCGCGGCCUCCAGCCGGACCAAAUUCAAGGCAAAGGAUGACGACUCGGAUAAAAUCCUGCGCCAGCUAUUGGGGAAGGAAAUUUCGGAGAAUGUCUGCACCCAGGAAAAGUUGUCCUUAGAAUUCCAGGAUGCUCAGGCAUCCUCGAGGAGUGUGAAAAAGAUGCCCCCCGAGAAGAGGGAGCUGAAGCUCGCCCGGCUGAGGCAGCUAAUGCAGAGAUCGCUGAGCGAGUCUGACACGGAUUCCAACAAUUCGGAGGAUCUCAAGAACACUCCCGUGAGAAGGACGGACAAGCCAAGGCCGCAGCCCAUCGUGGAGAGCGUGGAGAGCGCCGAGAGCCUCCACUUGAUGAUCAAGAAGCACACGCUGGCCGCGGGGCGCAGGUUCCCUUUUAGCAUCCGGGCUUCCAAGUCUGCGGAUGGCCACAGCCCUUCUCCUACUUCGGAAAGCAGCGACCUGGACUUGGAGAGCCAGUGCCCGGCGCCCGGGAGCACGCCUCAGGGCCAGCCGCCCGGAGACUUCCCGCCCGCUGCUCCGGACGGUGCUGCUGCAACGAAGGCGGCCACGAGCCCUAAAAGCGCCCUCAAGUCUCCCUCUUCCAAGCGCCGAACUGCCCCCAACUUGAAACUCCGAGUCACCUUUGAGGAGCCGGUGGUGCAGGUGGAGCAAACGGAGCUCGAGCUCGGUGCGGAGAAGGACAAGGAGCGGGUCAGGGCCCCGCCGCGCCUUCCCCCAAACAGCGAGCCGAGUGACCAGCUGAAAAGGCCUUUUGGGACCUUCCGGUCCAUCAUGGAGACCCUGAGCGGCAACCAGAACAACAACAACAACUGCCAGGCAGCCCAGCAGCCCAGGACCUCGUCGACUCUGCCCUUCACCUCACUGGGGAGGAGAGCUGCCGAUGCCAAGGGGAGCGCCGUCGGCUCUGCUAGCAAAGGCAAGAGCAAGGCAGCAUAAUGACAUAAAUUGGAAAAUUGAGAAAGCUCAAAGCAAAGAGCGUGUGGACGAGCCAGAGCUACAAGAACUCUUUCUGUAAUCACACCUCAUCAUGGCUUACUGCGGACCUUUGGACCCAGUGGGAAAACCUUGAAAUAUCCUUUGUGGAAGCCGCAGGACCCUAGAAAGGAUCCUGACCAGCAAAAGGAUGAAUUCUUUAGGAUGCCUUAAAUUUGUAGCAGUUCAACUAUCUUAGGAAUCUUUUUUACACGAUGUGUAUAUAUAACUCGUUUUUAAAGAUGGAUGGUUUAAAGGCAUGAAAGAACAGAAGUUUUUAAACUGUGUAAAGGAUACAACAAAACUCCAUAGCAUUCAUCUGACCACCGAUCUCAUUUUGUUUCUUAUCAGGUGCAUGGUGCACGAGAAUAUGAAUUGGUCUUCUCUUUCCCAAUGACGUCAAUUGUUUGGGCUCAGGUUCUUCAAGACCAGCGGGGGGUUUUGUUGUCAAAUAUAACAUGUCUGUCAUUUCUACUUUUUGUAAAAAGAAAUAAAACAUUAACAGCCAUUUCUCGUCUCUCAGCGCCUCCCUUUCCAAUAAAUUUGUAAUAAAUAUUUUGAUUUCUAAAGAA